CCUGUCUCUAUAUGUUGUCGUCGUCUAAACCAAACCAAAUCAAAAUUAAGGGUUAGUUUUUUUGGAGAUCGGAAAGAUGAACGAUGUGAUGUUGGAAGAGGCGAAGCUGUGGCUCGACGAACCUCAGCAGCGGAAACGGAAGCUCGAAACUCCGGUCAAUCCUCCACCACCGCCACCAGUAGUAGACGAAGAUUCCUCCGACGAGGAAGAGGUAGAUCCGGUGGCAUGGUCCAAGUAUAACCGGCAAGUAUCCGAAUCCGGCGGUUUCGAUGUGGACUUGUUCUUUCAGCCAUUUGUGGUUUCUCAUUGGCGGCACCGUUUACGUCUCCGUAUCAGGCAUUGAAUCUACUUUAUUGUACAACUCUUUUGGUGCUUAAACAAGAAUGUGAAGUAGCUAUUGGUUGGGAGUUACUCAGGCGAUAUAUUGUUUCACAUACUGGAACAACACCCUGUGGUUGGUCCAUCGCACAGGAAAUCUUGAAAGAGACGAAGUUACUGUUGUUUUCAGUGGAGCCACAGUUUAGUGAUUUCACGUGGGAAAAUCAAAUUGUGCUAAGUCCAAAAUCUGGUCAAAGGCACCAACUCAAGGCACAUGUUCCUCAAAAUACAGUUACUUUUGCAUCUAGCAAGCUGGGUUGUGAGUUGUUAUUGACGUAUACAACGUGGCUAUAUGGUAUAAUGAGUGCAUUAUUAGACGUGACUUAUGUGGAGAUCUUCAGCCAACUUUAUGAUUACGAAAAUAUGUGUGGCGUGCUUAUCUCUUUAUCCGCUUUAGCAAUUCAGAUUCGAGGUCGAAUCUUUCGAACCCGGAGGGACCUGAUGCAGCGUCAUCAUGCUUGGACAUCAAGAAACGAGACAUUCUGAUUAGUCUUUGGUUUAUUAGUAAUUUUCCUUAUAUCUAUAUAAUUGUUAUUUUCUUUAUACUUUAUGUCAAGGAAAACCCUAGAUAUAAGUCUUAUUUAUACUCUUUGUAUUCUUUUAUUAUGAAGCAGC